AUGGUAGAUGAUCAAACCCGAGAAGCACAUGAACGGCUCCGUAACAAGUGGGAUCUCAAAAAGAAGAAGAACGUCAGCGGGUCCAUCGAACGCUACAAGGCAAGACUUGUAUCAGGAGGCAACAGUCAAGUGCUUGGACGAGACUACAACCUAACAUUUGCAGCUGUUUUGGACACGACUAGCGGCAAGAUCAUUCUCGCGGUUGCCCGGCUCUGGAACGUGCGCGCGCGACACUUUGACGUCCCGAGCGCCCACCUGAAGGACUACAAGGAGGAGGAGUUCGAGAUUUACAUGCGCGUUCCAAAAGGAAUGACGGUCAGUGACGAUGAGCUGCGAACGUUUAACGUGGCGAGCGCCGGCGAGACGUGCCUGCAGCUCAUAAAAAGCCUUUACGGGCUCAAGCAGGCCGGCCGACUGUGGAACCAGUUACUCGACCAAACGCUGAAUGACGCCGGUUUGUCACAGUCAGCCAUGGACGCAUGUGUAUACGUGAAGACAACAGCCGAAGGAACGACAGUAGUGGGCGUGUAUGUCGACGACCUGCUUGCAACGGCGACGAGCGACGAGCUGCUUGACGCCUUUGGCGCGGCGAUGCAAAUCCUGGAGCUCAAGUGCCUCGUGAGCGUCAAAAACUUUCUGGGCAUGCGCAUCGGGUACGACGACUUGCACGGGUACACCGUCGACCAAGAGUAA